GAAGGUAAAGGUGCUGCUCUGACUGUAGCCUCAUUUUAGAGUGACCCUCGGGGACUUGACUCGGCCUACAGACUGACACCAUUCAAAUCUUCCUUCACACAAGCUGGUGACGCUUCCACUUUCCUUGCCUGCUCCAUCACCAGUCACUAUGCUCUCCUGUCCUUAGACACCUGCUAUGUGAAUGAAGGACACACCUGUGGCUGGGUGAGACCAACAGCUUCCAUUUCACCCUAAAGGAAAGAGCAACAGGGAGGAUGGUGGAUUGCCCACGGUAUAGUCUAUCUGGCGUGGCUGCCUCCUUCCUCUUCGUCCUGCUGACUAUAAAGCACCCAGAUGACUUCAGAGUGGUCGGUCCUAACCUCCCAAUCCUGGCCAAAGUCGGGGAAGAUGCCCUGCUAACGUGUCAGCUCCUCCCCAAGAGGACCACGGCACACAUGGAGGUGAGGUGGUACCGCUCCGACCCUGCCAUGCCAGUGAUUAUAUACCGGGAUGGAGCUGAGGUGACUGGGCUACCGAUGGAGGGGUACGGAGGCCGGGCAGAGUGGAUGGAGGACAGCACUGAAGAGGGCAGUGUGGCUCUGAAGAUUCGCCAGGUCCAGCCAAGUGACGAUGGCCAGUACUGGUGCCGCUUCCAGGAGGGGGACUACUGGAGAGAGACAAGCGUGCUACUCCAAGUGGCUGCUCUAGGAUCUUCCCCAAAUAUCCAUGUGGAGGGAGUCGAAGAAGGAGAGGUCCAGCUUGUGUGCACAUCCCGAGGCUGGUUCCCUGAGCCUGAGGUGCACUGGGAGGGCAUCUGGGGAGAAAAGUUGAUGAGUUUCUCUGAGAAUCAUGUGCCAGGUGAAGAUGGGCUAUUCUAUGUGGAAGACACACUGAUGGUCAGGAAUGACAGUGUAGAGACCAUUUCCUGCUUCAUCUACAGCCAUGGCCUCAGAGAGACCCAGGAGGCCACCAUCGCUCUGUCAGAGAGGCUCCAGACCGAGCUGGCUUCCGUUAGCGUAAUUGGACAUUCCCAGCCCAGCCCUGUUCAAGUCGGAGAGAACAUAGAAUUAACUUGUCACCUCUCACCUCAAACGGAUGCUCAGAACUUAGAGGUGAGGUGGCUCCGAUCCCGCUAUUACCCUGCAGUCCACGUGUAUGCAAAUGGAGCCCACGUGGCUGGAGAGCAGAUGGUAGAAUACAAAGGGAGGACUUCGUUGGUGACUGAUGCCAUCCACGAGGGAAAACUGACCCUGCAGAUUCACAAUGCCAGAACUUCGGAUGAAGGGCAGUAUCGGUGCCUUUUUGGAAAAGAUGGUGUCUACCAGGAGGCCCGUGUGGAUGUGCAGGUGAUGGCGGUGGGUUCCACCCCACGGAUCACCAGGGAGGUCUUGAAAGAUGGAGGCAUGCAGCUGAGGUGUACGUCUGAUGGGUGGUUCCCACGGCCCCAUGUGCAGUGGAGGGACAGAGACGGAAAGACAAUGCCAUCGUUUUCCGAGGCCUUUCAGCAAGGGACCCAGGAGCUGUUCCAGGUGGAGACACUUCUGCUGGUCACAAACGGCUCCAUGGUGAAUGUGACCUGCUCCAUCAGCCUCCCUCUGGGCCAGGAGAAAACAGCCCGUUUCCCUCUCUCAGACUCCAAGAUAGCUUUGUUAUGGAUGACCCUGCCUGUUGUGGUGCUGCCUCUCGCCAUGGCUAUCGACCUGAUCAAGGUGAAAUGGCGGCGGACGAAUGAACAAACACAAACACAGCAGCAAUCAGGAAAAUAACAGGAAUGACGAAAACCACAGGCGGCGACUUCCUUCUGAUGAGAGGCUCAGAUGAAAAUGCACCCCGCAAGCCCAACGCACCCCAUUUCCUGAACACCCCAUCCCUCCUCCCAUCUUUUCCCCUCAAUAAGCCGCACUGACAUAGGAGUGGUUUCCCUGCUGCUCUCCAAAGGUUCUUCAUGGACCCUGUCCGUACCUGAUGCGACCAUCACGCACAGUUAGGAGCACCUCGACCUGAGCCAACCCAUAAUAGUCUUGAUCCCUCCCUCACAGCGAUGGUAUCUUCCCUCCCUUUGCCUCUUUCUGCUGCCCCUCAAUCUGGGGACAAUCCCUUGCCUGUGCACAGCACCUUUACCUUAUCACUUCUGGACCACCGUGAGGAUGGAAGAACUUAGACCUGCAGAGAAAUGUCACUCAUCUGAGUCCUGGAUGGGUUUUUCUAGAAAUGCCCAAUCCGGUAGCACCAGAGGGACAAAGCAGGUGGGAGGAGAGGGUUUCCUUCCUCUUUCCUUAAGAGAGAGGACUAACUCUGAUUCACGGUCACAGAAGACCUGACACUUGCACUACAAAUCAGACCGGGGGUGGGGGAAUCGUAGAAAUAACUAAGGGGGUAAAAGCACUUGCUGUUCCUGCAGAGGACCUGAGUUUCAUUCCCAGCACCCAUAUGGCAGGUCAUAACCAUCUAUAACUCCAGUUCUAGGGCAUCGGAUGCUCUUUUCUAGCCUCUGAGGGCACCAGGCACACAUGUGGUACACAGACAUAGAUGUAGGCAAAACACCCAUACAUCUAAAAUAAAAAUAAUUUUUAUAAAGAAUU